AAUUCCAGAAGUGGACCAGCUGCUGAAAGAGAUGUCCCUUUGUCUACUGGACCUCCAGGGUCUCUGCAGCAUCUUGGCUCAGAGAGCGCAGGGGAAAGAGCCCAACCUGUCUUUGCUUCUAGGAAUGACAUCGCUGACCUUUUCAGCAGAGGACAGUGACUGCAAAGUGGUGGCAGUGGAAGACAAGUUAAGGUUAAAGCUACUGGAAGUUGGCCAGCUGAGGAAAGACAUCGAUGCGCUGAGGAAAAGCAUCUCAGACUGCUACGAUCAGUUUAUGGGUGACUGCAUUUCUCAGUGACUUCCUUUCACAUUCUGUACUUCGCAGAGAAAGAAUGCAAAAUGAUACUUGUAUGAUUGCUGUGUAGUAACUGACAUCUCCCUUUGGAGCUGAGUGGACAGCACGCUCACAUAUAUAUGGGACAACCCCAAACUUCCUGUCAAAAAGUAUCCAGGUGGAGCAUGUUAAUGAACAAGGACAAUGUUUGUUAAUGUUUUCCUAAACUGUUUAAUAAGCUUUUAAAAAAUCAGUUUUGAGGAUCCGCUAAUUUGGAAAAACAGCUGCUUGGAAAGACACUGGGAUCCCAAAGGCCCAUCUGUAUAGUUUCUCCAGCAGUCAGCUAAUCGUGUUGCUGCUGCUGGAUGCAACUUGUAUUUUAAUACAUGGCAGGAGCUCUCUGAUGUCAGGUCAAUAAAGAGAGAUCGUACGAAGGAACUGAAUGUAAUUGAGUUAUUAUAAACGUGUUAAAGAGAGUAUAUACAAAUAUAAAGCAAGCUGCACACUGAGAUAAAGUAAGGGGACAAUAUUUAAGUAAGUAUAUAACAGUAAUUCUUGUAUUGCACUUAAAGUAUGAAAAGAAUAUUAUUGUCCCCCUGAAAGCACUGAGUAGGUGAUCGGUUCCAUUUGUUUGUCUGUUUGUUAGCAGUCUAGCAUCUGAUGAUAGACACCAACAGCUCGAGCUGAUUGAAAGCAAGAACAAAAAGGUGACAUCAAAUGUCCAAAUCAGUAAAACUUUAUGUCACUCACAAUUUUUAAAGAUUGUUUUCAAACUUCACAACAACAUACGAGGCCUUUGGGGACAUGAGUACCUAAGCUGGCUAAGCAUUUGACCUUGAUCUUCAUUUACGGUCAAAGUUGACCCUAAAGAAACAAAUGAGACCGUAUGAGCAGUAUAUGAUAUA